AUGUGACAGACAGAGCAGGAAGAGUGUAAAGGGGUCUGUGCUCGUCAGCACUUUAAAUAUACCUUAGGAUUCCGGCACUUCGUUUGGAUUUGACUGUCAUUACAUUACAUCUGUUGUCUAACUCCACCACAGAAACAUGGGAAGAAUGAGCUUUAUUUUAAUUUUACCUGUAUGGAUACACUUGAUACUUAUCGCUUUUGCAUCUGCAGCUACCGAAUCACCUUUUAUAAGUGAAGAAACAAAAAAUGUUAAACGAUUUAGUGAAAUCCAGACGAAGUUUUCUGUGCGUACAUUGGAAGAGCCAGAAGAGGAUGUCUGUCACCUAGUUCCUGGCCAGGAAGAUACAAUUACACAGUGCAAUUUCAAUUCCAGCUCCAAAACGUUUGUGGUUAUCCAUGGAUGGACAGUGACAGGAAUGUAUGAAAGCUGGAUUCCCAAGCUGGUUAGUGCGCUGUACGAGAGAGAGCCGGAUUCAAAUGUUAUUGUCGUAGACUGGCUGUCCCGAGCACAGCAACACUAUCCAACUUCCGCUAUGUACACGCAGCUCGUGGGACAGGAUGUGGCGAUGUUCAUCGACUGGAUGGAGGACUCUGUGAAGUAUCCUCUUGAGAACAUGCACUUGCUGGGAUAUAGCCUUGGGGCCCACGUAGCUGGAGUUGCAGGAAAUCUUACAAACAAUAAGGUCAACCGGAUUACAGGCCUUGAUCCUGCUGGACCCACUUUUGAAUAUGCAGACCCAGAGGUGCGUCUGUCACCCGAUGAUGCUGCUUUUGUGGAUGUUUUGCACACACACACACGUGGCUCUCCUGAUCGUAGCAUUGGAAUUCAGAAGCCUGUCGGGCAUGUAGACAUUUAUCCAAAUGGAGGUAAUUUUCAACCCGGCUGUCACCUUGGAGACACUCUGAGGAUGAUUGCAGAAAAAGGAUUUGGAGAUGUCGAUCAGAUAGUUAAAUGUUCCCAUGAGCGCUCCAUUCACCUCUUUAUUGACUCCCUGCUACAUGAGGCCCAACAAAGCACAGCAUAUCGUUGUUCAAAUAAGGAUGCUUUUGAUAAAGGACUUUGUUUGAGCUGUCGUAAGAAUCGAUGCAACAAGCUGGGCUACUCCAUCAACAAAGUGCGGUCAAAGAGAAGCAGCAGAUUGUACCUGAAGACACGCGGUCAGAUGCCCUACAAAGUGUUUCAUUACCAAUUCAAAAUGCACCUAUUUGCAAAGGACAACUGGAAGCAGGAGAAUCAGCUUUUCUAUCUCUCACUAUAUGGCACAAAGAAUGAAGUUGAGACCAUUCCUGUCACACUACCUGAAGUUUCUACCAACACCACCUACUCAGCACUAGUGCAUACAGAAACUGAUGUGGGAGAUCUACUGAUGGUGAAAGUACAGUGGGAAAAAGAAUCCAUCUUCAGCUGGACAGAAUGGUGGAAAACAUAUGCAUUUGAAAUUCGUAAAGUCAGAGUGAAACCAGGAGAUGUGAAAUUAGGAGAAAGUGCAAAAACUUUGCUUUUCUGUGCCAAAGACUCCGGUGCACAAUUAACGAAAGGAAAGGAUCCAGUGGUUUUUGUAAAGUGUCAUGCUGAACAUCAUGGCAAAAGAAAACACAGUCAUAAUGAUUAAAUCUACAGAAAACAAAAACAGUGAAUAAGCUUUCAGCCAGUGAAGAAUUUGUUUUUAAGUGGCAGGAGCACCAGGAUGGUUACAGCCUCAGGAAUGGCCGAGCUGCACUGAAUAAAAUAAAUCUUCAUUUGAUGGACUGUGUUGACUGCUGAAAGAAAAAAAUGCAUAUUUUUUUUUCUAAAUUUCCCAGAAUACAUAAACUGUUGAACCAUUUUUUUGUAAAUAGAAAUGGUUAUCAGCUUUUUAUUCAAGUGACAAUUCUUUCCAGUCUUUUUGUUUCUCGAGAUAACGUAGCACUUAAAAGAUGACUAAAACGUUAACUGUAUCAGUCUGCACGUAGUCAGCAAACUGCAUUCUGUAAUGUUUUGUUGACCAAAAUUAAACCACGAAAAUAACUGCAGCAGGUUUCAGAGCCUCAGAAAUGCUUUAGUUCACUAUAGCUCAGUUGUAUGAUUCCGGUAAGCUGGUGUUUAGAAAUGUAGCACUUUGUAGUGCAUAAAUGUAGUCUUAUAUGGGAUUAAUAAGGAGAGUAUGUAGAUUUUUUGGUGGGGUAGGUAGGGCGGAUGUAACAAUUUUAAUUAAAAUCUUGAAAAGCAAAGUGCAUCAUAAAUUUAUCUAGCUAAUAUGACAUCAGUUUUGCAGAUGCUGAUUACAACCAGUUUUCAUGAAGUUUAAACACACAGAAAUGCUUAACUUUUUUUCUUUUGAUGUUUUCAAUCAAAGAUGAAUGAAAGUAAUCUUUUGUAUUGGCUUAUAUUCCUUAUACUCUGUUAGAAUAAGGAAUUGUUUAUAGCUGUUUAAUUCCAUUUCUAUCCAGCUGUGACUUGCACGGGAACCUUAGUCAUUACUGAUAAAUACAUCUAUAAAUGCAGCAUUUUUUUAAUUUUUCUUGUACUUUGAAUGACUUCCACGUAAAAGAUUUGGCUUUAGUUGAUUGGAGUGUUACAUUUACUAUAUUUAAAAAUAAAAAAUAACUCAGAUGUGUCACUAAUCCCAAGUUGUUUUAUAAUUUAGUCACAUGCAGUUUGGAGUCCUUUUAUGCAGCAUUUUUGUUUGGAAUGGCUUUAAUUCAGAACACUUGAAUCUGAGUGUCAUAUGCCAGCAUUAUGUAAGCAGUAAAGCAAUGUAUGCAUUGACUUUGAAAUGACUACUGUAAAACUAGUGCUGGCUGAGAUUGUUUGCCACCACUAGAGUGCUUUAUGUUCUGAAAGGUGCAUCACUGUCAGUAUGCAGCCAACUGCAAAACAUUUGAUGGCUUUUCAUAUGAGUCUUUUGUGUUAUGCAGUUAUGCGUAUGUUUUACAAGCUAAAACUGAUCUUCAACAAAAAGGCUGUAUUAAGAAAUCUAUUGAGAAUAUUCUGUUAGGAUUUUAAUGAUUCAUCAAUUUGUGGUGCACUUUUAUUAUUGUUACUUUGGACUUUUUUUCACUUUUAUAUAUUUUUUUACUUAGAAAUUACAGAGCUACAAUACAGCUCAGUACAAAUUAAGCAGCUAAACAAAAUGUAGCACUUAAUUUUGAGAAUAUUGUGGGUAGAAGAUUUGUAUUUCUGUUUAUAUUAAGAAUAAUGCAAACAGUGGUUCACAAUUAUGGUAUUUCCACACUGGUAAGUGUGAUUUGUAUUGUGCUGUUACUUAGUUAUAACAUUCAGUUUAAAAACUGAUUAAUGCUAGUUUGUGCUGUGUUACUAAACUGUUCUAAACUCCAA